UUAUUCCUCUGCCUGUCAGCUGGCAAGUACCUUAAUUGAGGAAACACCUCAUAUUUUAACACGAACUAUACCCUCUUAUAGAUGAUAUAUUAUCUGCACAUAUUUAGAACUGGAUUAGAUAAUCAGAACUUUGUUCAACCGGUGGAAUGCUCAAGCCAUAAUCAUAAGCUCCUUUUAUAUAUAGUCCCCUUGUUUCCACAUGCCUUGAUCAAGUAAUUAGGAACUUUUUAGGGCAUUAUAUUGGAAAUUGCACAAUACAUUCAGCCCUUGUUUACUAAGAACAGGCCAAGAUUCAUUGUGUUAAAUUAAGCAGUGAGAAGUAGGGAUAACAAUUGUAUUUCCAGAGCAUUGGACAAAACAAACAGAUUGGUUUUGAUGGUCUCGAUGCAGAGGUUAAGAAUUUUUUUGUCAGGUAUCUCCAUAGAACUUUCUCAAACAUGGCCAUCUGCAAUGUAUGACUACUUCUUCGAUGGAGAGGGACUGUAUGAAGUUUUUUUUAAAAAAUGUUAUUAUACUGAGUUAUUGCUUAUGGCAUUAUUUAUCCAUGCUGUCUUACAAUUUAAAAAAAAUUAGUGGUGGACUUGCAUUAAAAGGUCCAUUAUCUUGUAAUUUUAGACAAAUGUCCAGAGUUGAGAUAAUAUGAUGCCCUUUUAUGAGCUAAAGAACCAAGGUGACAAUUAAUUGAUAUUUAGAGAUAAUUUCUUGUCACUUGAAUGAUUAAAAAAUAGGAUUGAGCAGAAUCUAUACAUAGAGAGUCCAAAGUAAUGGUAGUAAAAUCUAGCAUCUUGGUCGUUUUUUAUUUUGUGGAGGCUUUAUAAUGUGUUCUUUCUUACUAGUCGAAUGAUUAUUUUCCCCCAUUGCCCCUCAAAUUGAUAAAUCAUUAAUUCUGGACCAUAUUAUUGCUUUUAGUAUUUAUAGCUUUAUCUAUUAAAGGGCAUGGCUUUAUUCAUUAUUCUAAACAUUUUUAUAUAAGACAUGAAAGAAUAUUUGAGCCAUGUUUUGUAUUAUUUCAAAGUAACUCUGGCCAUCUUUCUACUUUAUGAGUAGAGUCUUUGCUGGACAGCUCCUAGAUUUAUGAUGACAUCAUGUUCUCUCAGAGACAUCAUUAUUAUUAUGUCACUGAACCUGAAGUGGGGUGGUCAGAAGUUCAUGUGGAGUAACUAUGGGCCAGGAAGAUGGAGGGGUCAGGGCAGAGGGGGAAGCGAAGAGGAGAGUGAAGAGCAGACCCUGAAGUAUGAUCAGUGGCAUGAGCAGAAACCUCACCCUCAGCCUUUUCAUAUUAUGCUUAGGGAAAUGAAAAAAAAAAAAAUUACUGAAGAAAAAAAACAGUCAGCCAGCCUUUAAAACUUUACCCUAUUUCAUUAUUAAGAAUAGCUUUGGAAAGCAGAGGGGCUCCAUAAAUGAGAGCAGGUGCGGUCGUGCGAGGUAACUAUUCAGCAUAUGUAAGUGCAGUUGGAAAAUCAUGGUCUUGCAGAGAAUCCUCAAAAUUGGUCCCUAAUGGCCUUGGUUUUUUGUCAUAUGGUCUUGAUUAUAAGGCUAAAAUUGCAUUGCCAUGCCUUUAGUGUGAACGAGAUGGAUGGAUAAUUAUUACGUGCGCUGAAUACCUUUCUGCAAGGAGAAGCCAGGACAUCCCUGGUCACUGGAGCUACCAUUUCGUCCGGCUGUCAGAAAAGCUCUAAGCGGGAAAUGCAUCACCAGAUUGAUGUGGAAGAGGAAUGAAAAUGUGCCCCUCCGGUUGGGUGUGCACCCGCCCACAUACAUUUACAUACACAGAUGGUACACUAAACCAGAGGGGGCAAUGUGUGUGAUUGUGAGACGUGUUCAGCGAAGCGGUAGCAUUUGUGGAAGCAAGGGAUACGGAAACAGAAUGAUUUGCCUCAACAAAGGAAGCAUCAUGUUACAUCUUUUAAAUAAUUGAUGACUCUCAGUCCGAGCCAGCUUGAAGGAAAUUCUGAAAAUAGACAGGGGGAGCUGUUAAUUACAAGCCAAGUGAUGUAAUGAACGUCUCUUAAUUAAUCAACAGAUAUGUUACGGCAUAAUCACCACCAGAGACAGUUUGUUGGGAAGAGCUGACAAUUUACUGGUUCAUCAAUGAAACAAUAUUACAUUAUGAAGAUGUAAGGAAAAAAUUCUACGCUAACAUUGUUGCAGUUUGAAAGGCAAAAAGUUCUCAGCACCACCUCCAUACCAAGCAUCAUUCUUCAUGUUGGGUGGGGGCACCAGUGAACAAGACAGACCAGCUUCCUCUCUCUCAGGGCUUACAAUUUCCUGGGGGCUGUGCACAGGAUCUAAAUGCUAUGACACGGGAAAACCCUGGAUGCAGUGGAAGCCAUGGACACCCACCCCAUUCAGGAAUGCAGUGAAUGGGGACACAGCCCUGAAGAAGUGACAUGUGACCUAAGGUCUGAAGGUGGAGCAGGAAUUAUCCAAGUGAGGAGGAGGAGGGUAAAGUACUAGACUGAAGACAGUGUAGGCUUCUCUGCAGAAUGUCAAACAAAGAUCGGCACAUUGAUUCCAGCUGUUCGUCCUUCAUCAAGACGGAACCCUCCAGCCCGGCCUCCCUGACGGACAGCGUCAACCACCACAGCCCAGGUGGUUCUUCAGACGCCAGCGGGAGCUACAGUUCAACCAUGAAUGGCCAUCAGAACGGACUUGACUCGCCGCCUCUCUACCCUUCGGCUCCUAUCCUCGGAGGUAGCGGGCCUGUCCGGAAACUGUAUGAUGACUGCUCCAGCACCAUCGUCGAAGAUCCCCAGACCAAGUGUGAAUACAUGCUCAACUCGAUGCCCAAGAGACUGUGUUUAGUGUGUGGCGACAUCGCGUCUGGGUACCACUAUGGAGUAGCAUCCUGUGAAGCCUGCAAGGCAUUCUUCAAAAGGACGAUUCAAGGUAAUAUAGAAUAUAGCUGCCCUGCCACGAAUGAAUGUGAAAUCACGAAGCGCAGACGUAAAUCCUGCCAGGCUUGCCGCUUCAUGAAGUGUUUAAAAGUGGGCAUGCUGAAAGAAGGAGUGCGUCUUGACAGAGUACGUGGAGGUCGGCAGAAGUACAAGCGCAGAAUAGAUGCGGAGAACAGCCCAUACCUGAACCCUCAGCUGGUUCAGCCAGCCAAAAAGCCAUAUAACAAGAUUGUCUCACAUUUGUUGGUGGCUGAACCGGAGAAGAUCUAUGCCAUGCCUGACCCUACCGUCCCCGACAGUGACAUCAAAGCCCUCACUACACUGUGUGACUUGGCUGAUCGAGAGUUGGUGGUUAUCAUUGGAUGGGCGAAGCAUAUUCCAGGCUUCUCCACGCUGUCCCUGGCAGACCAGAUGAGCCUUCUGCAAAGCGCUUGGAUGGAAAUCUUGAUCCUUGGUGUCGUGUACCGAUCUCUCUCCUUUGAGGAUGAACUUGUCUAUGCAGACGAUUAUAUAAUGGAUGAAGACCAGUCCAAAUUAGCAGGCCUUCUUGACCUAAAUAAUGCUAUCCUGCAGCUGGUAAAAAAAUACAAGAGCAUGAAGCUGGAGAAAGAAGAAUUUGUCACCCUCAAAGCGAUAGCUCUCGCUAAUUCAGACUCCAUGCACAUAGAAGAUGUCGAAGCCGUUCAGAAGCUUCAGGAUGUCUUACAUGAGGCCCUGCAGGAUUAUGAGGCCGGCCAGCACAUGGAAGACCCUCGCAGGGCUGGCAAGAUGCUGAUGACGCUGCCGCUUCUGAGGCAGACCUCCACCAAGGCCGUGCAGCAUUUCUACAACAUCAAACUGGAAGGCAAAGUCCCCAUGCACAAACUUUUUUUGGAAAUGCUGGAGGCCAAGGUCUGACUAAAGGCUUCCCAGGGCCAUCCUAUCCUGCACGCUGAAAAAGGGAAAAUAAACCCAAGAGUGAUGUCAAAGAAACUUAAGAGUUUAGUUCACAACGUCAAAAAUCAACAAAGACUGCACUGAUGAUUUAGCAGCAAGACUAUGAAGCAGCUUUCAGAUUUCUCCGUAUCUUCCUGAUGAGUUUCUUCCUACCUUGAUCUCAUCUUUUCUCCAUAUCUUUUCUCACUUUCUUUUCCUCGUUAUUUUUUCCCUCCCUCCCUAGUCUUCCUCUCCUUCCUUCCUUCCUACUUUCCUUCCCUCCUUCCUUCUCCUGUAUCCCUUGUCCAUCCUGUCUUAUUCUUCCACUUUCUUUUAAACUUUAAUAUCUCUAGUCGUAAGAACAUUUUCCUUCCUUUCUCUUUCCCUCCCUCCCUUCUUCGGUCUUUCUUUUCUCCCUUCCUUCCUUUUUUCCUCCCUUUUUUCCUUCUUUCCUUCCUUCCUUCUGCUGCUGAACUUUUAAAAGAGGUCUCUAAUUGGAGAGCUAUGGAAGCCAGCCCUGCCAAAGGAUGGAGAUCCAUAAUAUGGAUACCAGUGAACUUCUUGUGAACCGUAACGUCCCCAAUGACUAAGGAAUCAAAGAGAACCACCGUACCUAAAAGUACAGUGCGACACACACGAAUUGACUGAGUGCAGUAUUAGAUUCCACGGGAGCAGCCUCUAAUUAGAUGACUUAAGCAACGUUACAUCGGCUGCUUCUUAUCAUUGCUUUUCCAUCUAAAUCAGUUACAGCCAUUUGAUUCCUUAAUUGUUUUUUCAAGUCUUCCAGGUAUUUGUUAGUUUAGCUACUAUGUAACUUUUUCAGGGAAUAGUUUAAGCUUUAUUCAUUCAUGCAAUACUAAAGAGAAAUAAGAAUACUGCAAUUUUGUGCUGGCUUUGAACAAUUAUGAACAAUAAUGAAGGACAAAUGAAUCCUGAAGGAAGAUUUUUAAAAAAAUGUUUCAUUUUCUUCUUACAAAUGGAGAUUUUUUUGUACCAGCUUUACCACUUUUCAGCCAUUUGUUAAUAUGGGAAUUUAACUUACUCAAGCAAUAGUUGAAAGGAAGGUGCAUACUAUCACGGAUGCAAUUUAUGUUGUGUGCCAGUCUGGUCCCAAACAUCAGUUUCUUAACAUGAGCUCCAGUUUACCUAAAUGUUCACUUGACACAAAGGAUUAGAUUACACCUGCAGUGACUCCGAGUGGUCACUGCACAUGGAAUACAGAUCCGUAGAGUGAUCAGGAGCGCACCUCUCUCCCUGGGAGGUCCAGUUGCCAUAGGAUUUCUAGCUGCCACGGUGGUUAGGAAUGAAAUACUGCCUGUUUGCAAAGUUACAGACUUUAUCCCUGAAGGAGCUGUGAGCCAGUAUUCACUUAAGAGGCAAUAAGGCAAAUGCCAGGAUUUGAAAAAAAAAAAAAAAAA